AUGGUGCAGGCGUGCGGCAGGCGCCUCGGGGCGCCUUCCAGCAAUUGCAUGAGCCGGACGUUCGGCCAGGGGCGCCCUCUCCCGCGCAAUGUGACGCUCAGGUCGCGGCGUGUGCUGAACAGGGGCGCCGUCAAGGUCCAGGCGGUCGCGGCGGACAAGGACUCGGAGAAGGACCUCGAGGCGGUCUACAAGGCCAAGGCCGAGCUCGUGCAGCGCCAGAAGGAGGACCCUACCGUCCAGCAGGGCGUAGCCGCGGGCUGGACGUCCCGCUACGGCCCGGACGAGGCCCGCAAGGGCUCGGACAUCCUCGUGGAGUGCCUCGAGCGCGAGGGCGUGAAGACGGUCUUCGCUUACCCCGGCGGCGCGUCCAUGGAGAUCCACCAGGCGCUCACGCGCAGCGACCGCAUCCGCAACAUCCUGUGCCGGCACGAACAGGGCGAGAUCUUCGCGGCCGAGGGGUACGGGAAGGCCACGGGCGAGGUCGGCGUCUGCAUCGCGACGUCGGGCCCCGGCGCGACCAACCUGGUGACGGGGCUGGCGGACGCGCUCCUGGACUCGGUGCCUCUUGUGGCGAUCACCGGGCAGGUGCCGCGGCGAAUGAUCGGGACGGACGCGUUCCAGGAGACGCCGAUCGUCGAGGUGACCCGCCAGAUCACCAAGCACAACUUCCUCGUCAUGGACGUCAAGGACCUCCCGCGCAUCAUGAAGGAGGCCUUCUUCCUCGCCCGCUCCGGCCGCCCAGGCCCCGUGCUCGUCGACGUGCCGAAGGACGUCCAGCAGCAGCUCGACGUGCCGGACUUUGACGUGCCGAUGAUUCUGCGGGGCUACAUUUCCCGCCUGCCGGGCCCCCCGGACCAGUCGACGGUCCAGGCGAUCAACAACGCGAUCCGCAACUCGAAGCGGCCCGUGCUGUACGUCGGCGGCGGCGCCGUCGACGCCUCGGAGGAGAUCACCGAGCUGGUGCGCAAGACGGGGAUUCCCAUCGCCAACACGCUGAUGGGCCUCGGGACGUACGACCUGCACGACGACCUCUCUCUCUCGAUGCUCGGCAUGCACGGCACGGUCUACGCGAACUACGCCGUGGACCAGGCGGACCUCCUGAUCGCGCUGGGCGUGCGCUUCGACGACCGCGUCACGGGCAAGCUCGAGAGCUUCGCGGCGCGCGCGAAGAUCAUUCACGUGGACGUCGACAGCGCGGAGAUCCACAAGAACAAGUACGCCGACAUCGCGCUGUGCGCGGACGUGCGGCCCACGCUGCGCAUGCUCAACGGAAUGCUGGACGAGUCGCCGCUGCCGGAGGGGCAGCUGAAGGAGUGGCAGGCCGACGUGCAGAAGGUCAAGACCGAGUACCCGAUGGCGUACCCGGACCGCGAGGACCUCAUCGUGCCGCAGUGGGCUGUCGAGGUGCUGUCAGAGGAGACGAAGGGCGAGGCGAUCGUGUCGACGGGCGUGGGCCAGCACCAGAUGUGGACGGCGCAGUACUACAAAUUCGCCGGGCCGCGACAGUGGGUGACGUCGGGCGGGCUGGGCUCGAUGGGCUUCGGGCUGCCGAGCGCGCUGGGCACGGCGGCGGCGUACGACGGGCGCGACGGGCGGCCGAAGAAGACGAUCAUCGACGUCGACGGCGACGGGUCCUUCAUGAUGAACUGCCAGGAGCUGGCGACGGCGGCGGUGGAGGGGUUCGACAUCAAGAUGGUCGUGCUGAACAACCAGCACCUCGGCAUGGUCGUGCAGUGGGAGGACCGCUUCUAUAAGAAGAACCGCGCGCACACGUACCUGGGCAAGAGGGAGGCGGAGUGGCACGUCACGGGGAAGCAGGAGGACAUCUUCCCGGACCUGGUCAAGCUCGCCGAGUCGUGCGGAGUCCGCGCGAAGCGCGUGUUCACCCGUGACGAGUACAGGGAGGCUGUCAAGGAGAUGCUGGCGACGCCCGGGCCGUACCUGAUCGAUGCCAUGGUCCCGCACGUGGAGCACGUGCUGCCGAUGAUCCCCGGCGGCGGGUCGUUCAAGGACAUCAUCACCAAGGGCGACGGCGACGACGUGUACUGA